ACUUCCGCCGACUUCAUCCAGGAGAACACAAGGCGAUGACCCUCUUUAGUGUGAAUUAGGGAAUUUUAGUUUGGGGUCUUUUGCAGAGGUUGACGCAGGGUGACAGAGGCAUCGAGGUCGCUCAGAAGACUGCAGACGAAAUAAAGAGCACUGGGGUACUGAGUUUUGUAAUGGAACCUUAAGACGCUGGGUUGGAAAUGGAGGAAGGAAGAGAGAUGGCACUUGCUGGGACACGUGACUAGAAGUCAGGGCCCUAAGCCGCGCUCGACGUAGAGGACGAAGUGGUGAGGAGUGGGUCGGGGCAAGCGAUGUCACGGGACAAACUGGUCUACCUUCUCUCUGCUCGCCUUUUGUUCUCAGAGGAAGGAGGCUAGGGCGGAUUUGAGAAGAUAUAAGGGAAAGAACUCUUCUCUGUAGACAGAAAAUUAUUUUUUCCACUGGAACACAUUGAAUGUAUGCCCAGCAUUGAUGAAAGCCAGCAAAGAAACAAAGCGCCUUUUUGUGGGUGGCCUUGGCCAGAACAUUUCUGAAGGAGACCUACAAAAUCAGUUCAACAGGUUUGGAGAAGUUUCUGAUGUGGAGAUUAUCACUAGGAAAGAUGACCAAGGAAAUCCACAGAAAGUCUUUGCAUAUGUCAACAUCAGAAUAGCAGAAGCAGACCUGAAAAAAUGUAUGUCUGUUUUAAAUAAAACAAAAUGGAAAGGCGGAACCCUACAGAUUCAGCUGGCAAAAGAAAGCUUUUUACACAAAUUGGCUCAAGAGAGAGAAGAAGCAAAAGCAGCAAAAGAAAAACCAACAGCAGUCAACACCAACUUGUUAGAAAAGAUGGGAGUGGUGGAUUUCCAUGUGAAAGCUGUGCCAGGGACAGAAGUACCAGGGCACAAAAAUUGGGUCGUAAGUAAAUUUGGAAGAGUCUUACCUGUCCUUCACCUAAAGAAUCGACAUAAACGUAAAAUCAUAAAGUAUGAUCCAUCAAAAUACUGCCACAACUUAAAGAAGAUAGGGGAAGAUUUCACAAAUGCUAACCCUAUAUCCAACCUCACUUGGGAAUUGGAAGGAGGAAAUGAUCCUAUAAGUAAGAAACGGCGAGGAGAGUUCUCUGACUUUCAUAGCCCUCCUAAGAAGAUAAUAAAAGUGCAGAAGAAUGAGGGUUCCACUGCAUCUCCAGCUGUUAGACCAAAACCCAGUAGAAUAACGGAGAGACCAUGGUUAAAACAACAGGCUGCACAAAAAACACCUGAUGGUCCCAUCACACCUAAAUUAUCCUAUAUAUCUGAUUCUGAAAGUCAGAUACUUAAAAAUGUAUUUUUUCAGGCUUCUGGCUUAGAAACUACCAAGAACAGAAAUAGCAUGUCUGAUGAUGAUAUCGAUUCUGAAGAUGAAUUAAGACUAACGAUCGCAAGAGAGGAAAACUUGGAGAAAAGCACAUGGUCUUUAGUAAAUGAAUCUGAAAAUGAUCCCUUUGAAGUUGUAAGGGAUGAUUUUAAAUCAGAUUCUCACAAAUUUCAUACUUCAAUAGGUUUAGGCCUCAAAAAUAACAUUUCUUCCCUUGAUAGUGAAGAUAAAGUUAUGGGAAAUGAUUAUGACUCUGAUUCAGGAGAUACGGAUGAAAUCAUUACAAGGAACAAAAAUGCUGGUAAGAUCAAAAACAGUAUAGCACUCUCACAAAUGGAAAAGUCUAUACACAAGAAAACUUCUUCGAAAAAUAGAAAAAAGUGUGAUCUUUCUGAUUCUAUUAAAGAACAAAAAAGAAAAAACAAUGUAGAGAUAGCCGUCAGUCACAGAGUUAAGAUGCCUAGUUGUAAAUCUCUAGCUGACUCUAGUGGCAGUGAAGAUGCGGAUUCUGCAUCAGAAUCCGCCGAGUCCGAAGGGGAUAAGGAGUAUCACACUAUGAUGAACUGUGUCCAUGUGACUCUCACUUUAGCUGAUUUGGAACAGUUGGCUAGCAGUAACCAGGAGGCGCCAAAAGAAGAUACUGAGAGUAAUGGCCAGGAAACCACUGCCAAGCGUGACAGGGCCUCCAAAAGCCACAGGACUCUUGGUGGCCUCCACAAAGGCCACCAGUGUAUUAAUCCUGAGGAGAUUGUGGCUUCCCUUUUAGAAGGAAAAGAGGACACCUGUGGAAAACAGAAACCAAGGGAAGACUUAAAGCCAAAAUUCCAGGCUUUCAAGGGAGUGGGCUGUCUCUACAGGAAGGAAUCAGUGAAAGAGUCCUCGAAAGAGAGUGUUGCCUCAAACAAUAAAGAUCAUAAUUCCUUGAUAUUGGACGCUCCUAGGAGCAUAUCCAUGGAAAAAUGGUCCCUGUAUGCUAAUGGCUUAUCAGGCGAACCGACUUCUUUCCAGCAUGCAAAGAAGGCAAAUGACUCAAACAAAAUCCAACUUCAAAAGAAGCAGUCCACUUUUGAGAGCCAGGAACAUGAGGUGGUGUUCCCUAGCAGUUCAGAAAAGAGAAGCAGAAAUCCUACUUCUAGACUGUUGCCAGUUAAAGACAAGAAAUCUUUAAGUCUUGCAGCCAAAACUCCCAGGAGAGGCUUUGAUGAGGACUCUUGCCACAGGACUGGGAAGUCCGGAGAUGACUCUGAAAACAGGCCCAUUUUGAGCAGCUGCAAGGCCCCUGAGAAAUCAGAGUUUUCCAGGAGAGACACUCAGGAAAACAAAACUAACUUCCCACUUCCUUUUAAUAGUUCAUCAAACGUUAAUGCUAAGGAUAAGCAUGCUGAAGAUAAUCAGAAGCGUUUGGCGGCCUUAGAGGCAAGGCAGAAAGCAAAAGAAAUACAAAAAAAGUUAGUUCAUAAUGCUCUGGCAAAUUUGGAUGGUCAUCCAGAGGACAAGCCGACGCAUAUCAUCUUUGGUUCCAACAGUGUAAGUGAAACAGAAGAGACAUCCACUCAGGAGCAAAGCCAGCCAGGAGAGGAACCGGUGAAAGAGUCCAUGGGUAGAGCUUCUGGGAAGCUCUUCGACAGCAGUGAUGAUGAAUCUGGUUCUGAAGAUGAUAGCAGUAGGUUCAAAAUUAAACCUCAGUUUGAGGGCAGAACUGGACAGAAGCUCAUGGAUUUGCAGUCCCACUUUGGCACUGAUGACAGGUUUCGCAUGGACUCUCGAUUUCUAGAAAGUGACAGCGAAGAGGAACAGGAAGACACAAGUGAAACGAAGACUGCUGAGGAGGAAGAGAUUGCUGCAGAAAAGUUGAAAGCCCUGAAUAUUGUGCAGAGUGUUUUGCACAUCAACGUAAGCAGUUCUACAAGCAAAGGAUCAGUAGCUGCUAAGAAAUUUAAGGAUGUCAUACAUUAUGAUCCAACAAGGAAUGACCAUGCUACUUAUGAAAGAAAGAAAGAUGAUAAACCAAAAGAAAGUAAAGCAAAACGAAAGAAGAAAAGGGAAGAAGCUGAGAAGCUACCUGAGGUGUCCAAAGAAAUGUAUUAUAACAUUGCUGUGGAUUUAAAACAAAUAUUCCAAACUGCAAAAGAUACCAGUGAAAAAAGAGGCAGCACAGCCUGGAACGAGGACUCUGGUGGAGAAAAAGCUGAGGAAGCCCAGGAUCCUGCAGCUUUGAUCAUGGAGGAUGAGCAGCCUGGAGGGUUCACAUUCUCCUUUUUUGAUUCAGAUGCUAAAGAUGUAAAGGAAGAGACCUAUAGAGUUGAGACAGUGAGACCUGGGAAGAUUCCCUGGCAGGGAGACCCUCGUUUCCAGGACAGCAGUUCAGAAGAGGAAGAUGUUACUGAAGAAACAGAUGACAAAAAGCCCAACCCUGAAGAAGUAUCAUUACCUGAGAAAGAAACCACUAGAUUUUUCUUUUUCUCUAAGAAUGAUGAGAGACUCCAUGGUUCUGACUUAUUCUGGAGAGGAGUGGGAAAUAAUAUUAGCAGGAAUGCUUGGGAGGCCAGAAUAAACAACCUGCGUAUGGACUGUCGGAAGAAACAUAAAGAUGCCAAAAGAAGACUGAAACCAAAAUAAUAAAGGUCAUUAUUAGUUUUGAUACUGAAUAUAAACAAGUCUUACUUGUGGAAAUUGGAGUGAUCCGGAAAAUAAUUUUGGAAGAAUUAAGAGUGAAGGAAUAUUCAAAAUUCUAUCUGGUGGAUAUCAUUCUUGUUGCUUUCUUUUUCUCUGGAUUUUUUUUCCUGACUAAUUGCUUAUAAGAGUUAACCUGAACUUUUUUUUAAUGAAGCAAAAAAAGAGUCCCUUAAAAUGCUUUUUGUAUAUAAUCUCUUUGUACUUCAUUUUUAAUAACUAAAAAUGAUUUGUGUGAAUUAUACUUGAAAUAUUAAUGGUUGUAUAAAAUAUACCUUACCCUCA